ACACUUCAAGUGGCGCUAAACGAGUGGCCCGGAAAUCCAGCCAAAAUUAAACCGCAGAUUCAAUAAUCUCUCUUCUACUCUCAUAAUCUCUCUUUCUCUCUCUCGCGCUCUCUCUCUCUCUCUCUCAGUCAGCAUGAUUCAACACUCUCUCCCACAAUCAUAAGUCAUAACUAGCUUCAUUGCCCAAAUAUUCUUCCAUUCUAGGGUUCCGUGAUCAAGCAUGGCGCAGCAACUGAAGCGCGGGAUCUCCCGCCAAUUCUCCACGGGCUCGUUGAAGAACGUGAUGAGGCUGAGCUUCAAGCGGCAGAACUCGCUGGAUCCUCGCGUCAGGACGCUGCGAUUCAGCUUCGGCCGCCAGUCGUCGCUGGAUCCGAUUCGGAGGACCGGAGUCGACGACGAGUUGAGCGUGCCGGAGAAUCUCGAUUCCACGAUGCAGCUGUUGUUUAUGGCCAGUAGAGGUGACGUGGAAGGCGUCUUGGAGUUGCUUGACGACGGCGUCGAUGUUAAUAGUAUCGAUUUGGACGGCCGGACGGCGUUGCAUAUCGCUGCUUGUGAAGGUCAUAAUCAUGUCGUUGAAAUCCUGCUCUCUCGCAAAGCAAAUAUCGAUGCUCGUGAUCGUUGGGGCAGUACGGCGGCAGCUGAUGCAAAGUACUAUGGGAACGUUGAGGUUUACAAUAUCUUGAAAGCACGCGGAGCGAGAACUCCGAGAACCAGGAAAACUCCGAUGACAGUUGCAAAUCCUCGAGAAGUGCCGGAGUAUGAGCUCAAUCCCCUGGAGCUUCAGGUUCGCAAGAGUGAUGGUAUCUCUAAGGGAACAUACCAGCUUGCCAAAUGGAAUGGCACAAAAGUCUCUGUAAAGAUACUUGACAAAGAGAGCUAUUCAGACCCUGAAUGCAUAAAUGCUUUCAAAAAUGAGUUAACAUUGUUAGAAAAGGUUAGGCAUCCAAAUGUGAUUCAGUUUGUUGGAGCUGUCACCCAGAAUGUUCCCAUGAUGAUCGUUUCAGAGUAUCAUACAAGGGGUGACUUGGAAACUUAUCUUCAUAAAAAGGGGCGCCUUCCUCUAUCAAAAACUCUCAGAUUCGCUCUUGAUAUUGCUAGGGGCAUGAAUUAUCUUCAUGAAUGUAAACCAGAUCCAGUCAUUCAUUGCGAUUUAAAGCCAAAAAAUAUAUUGCUGGAUAGUGGAGGUCAAUUGAAGAUUGCAGGAUUCGGUGUAUUGAGGAUGUCAACAAUAUCUCCAGACAGAGCAAAACUAUUGCAUCCAGGGAUCAUUGAUCAUUCAAAUUUAUAUGUGGCACCUGAGAUCUACAAUGGUAACAUAUUUGAGAAACGAGCAGAUGUUUACUCUUUUGCUCUUAUCAUUUAUGAGAUGAUGGAAGGAGUCCAACCAUUUCAUCCCAAGCCUCCACAAGAAGCUGUGAGGUUAAUGUGUGUGGAUGGAAAAAGACCCACAAUUAAGCAAAAAUCAAAAUCUUAUCCUCCGGAGCUAAAAGAAUUAAUCGAGGAAUGCUGGAAUCCCCAAUAUGAUUUAAGGCCUACCUUCUCAGAUGUUAUUUCAAAGUUGGACAAAGUAAUAUUGAACUGCAGCAAACAAGGAUGGAAGGACACCUUCAAACUCCCUUGGUUAUGAAAGAUGCAACACAAUGUUGGAAGAAAAAGAGUGGUUCUGUUGUACAGCUUCAUGUUUCAUGUUUUUUUGAUUGAGAAGGCCAAUGAGAAGGCCAAUAAGGGAUUUCGGAACCUGAUACAAUCUUGGAGAGCUAGUCUUUAUGAUCUUGGGACCAAAAUAUGGUUCCUUUGUUGUCAAUUUUCCCUGGGAGCUGGAACAGAUCUGUAUGUAUAGAAUGUGUGCACAAAUUUUCAUUUUCAAGGAAUUAACAAUAGAGAAAAUAGUUUUGCUUUC